AAAAAAACGAUGACGUUUAAAGACGUUUCAAUUUCCGGGUGAAACGACACUCAUUUUUACAAUCUUUGAUUUCUCCGAUCUUAUCGGCGGCCAUUGUUUACGUUAAAGCGUGUCGAUUCAAAUUGCGGCUUCCCCCCUAUUCGGUCGCGCUUCCAUUUCCUCUGGCCUGACGUUCAUUUUUUUUCUCUCACUUUCUCGCCACCUCUAAAUUUUCCACCCAACCAAACAGCUAUUCAAAAGCACAUUUGUUUACUUGCUUUGGCACCGAAACUCUCCCCACUGCAAUCCCUCCUCCGAUUCCCACUUCUCCUUUUCUGGAUCCUCAUCGUCGUCAUAUUUUGAUGCCCAGAACGAUGGCGAACAGGAUCGGAGAUGGGUCGUUUUUCCUGGAAUUCGAUUUUCCCGGGAAAAUCUGAGACGAGUUCUCCCUCUGUGAUCAGACAAAACCCAGAACCUGUUUCGUUUCGGAAGCUGUUCAAAUCCGAUUCCUCAUGCCCCGUCGCGUGAUUCUCCGAUCGUCGGCGAUUAACAGGGGCCAGCCGCUGCUCGCCUCGUUGGAAUCUUCGGUUAGAGCCACCGUACCGGGUGAAAAGAGGAAGAAGGCGGCGGAGGUUGCCGGAGGAGCGGCGGCGGGGUGCGCGGCGGUGUGUUGUUGCUGCCCUUGCGCGGUGAUGAAUCUGGUGGUUCUGGCGGUUGUUAGGGUUCCGGUAGCGGUAUGCAGGAAGGCGUGGCGACGGAGGAAACGCCGGAGAUUAUCCGGGAAGCGUCAGGGCCUGCUAGAGGCGGCGGCGGAGGCGAGCGAGGUGUCUGGACGGCUGAGAUUGAACGGAGAAGAUCGGACGGCUGAGAUUGCGGUGGAGGAGAAGGAGAAGUUUGGUGGUCAGCAAAACGACGCCGUGGCCAUGGAGAAGGAGAUGUGGAACCAUUUCUAUGGGGCCGGUUUCUGGAGAAGCUCGUCGCAGAGAGACACGUAAUUGUUUUUUUCUUUUUCUCUUUUUUUGUUCGCUAUUGUCCACGUGUGAUGACGUGGAAUAAUGCGGCAUGACGUGGACGGAUAGGAUGCGACAUUUACACGAUAUUCUUGUAAUAUAUGGGGUUUUUUUCUCUCGUGUGGUUGGGGAAAAUUUUGAACAAAAUUUGGAUGUGCGAUACGAACAAAAUGAAAAAUUAUUUUAAGGCUGAGUUAUGUUGUAACACGAAAUAAUUUUAGGGUUCGCGAAUAUGCGAUUUAAUUCCACCAAGUUUGUGAAUAUUUA